CUAAUUUCUUCUUUCCUCCAGCCAUGGAUACGCCAAGAACAAAAAACGCUUCAGAAGGAAUUGCGCCUAUGGGUAUAUCGUCUCUGAAUGACACCGUAGCAGAACCUGAGUCUAGGUACGAGUGUCCUGUAUGCCUAAACUGGCUUCGCGACCCGGUUAUCACCACUUGUGGUCACAAAUUUUGCAAGAGCUGCAUAACUACAUGGUUACAAAAUAGUGGCCACUGCCCUAUAGACAACAUCAACCUGAGCAUGAAAGUGGACAUAUUUCCUGACAACUAUACUAAGCGGGAAAUACAGGAACAGAGGAUGUCCUGUCCUUUUGCUUCCAAGGGUUGCUCAGUGAAAGUGACCCCAUUAGACUUGGACGCGCACAUAGCCUCCUGUGAGCACAAUCAGCCUGAGACCUCCAGCCAAUGCGUGCCAUGCUCUUUCCAGAGUGUGGGGUGUAAGGAGCAGUUCUGCAGCCGGGAGGAGGCCCAAGAGCAUGUUGAGAGAGACCCCAUGACGCAUAUGAGCUAUCUCGUGAACGCUUAUUCAGAGAUGAAGAUAACCAACGACAUGUCAAAUGCGAACAUCGACCCGAAAGAGCAGGAAGCCAUGGUUCUGUGGGCGCCAGACAAGGACGGCGAGAGCAAGCCCCCGUCGCUCACUAACGCAAGCGCGCUCAUACGAGCACUAUACGAACGAGUAGUAGUAAUGGAGCAAAGAAAUCGCGAGCAAGACAUCGUGAUAGGCAACAUCUCGAAGCAGCUGUCCGCUUUGACCGUCGCUAAACGGAAACAGAACAACGAAAUGCUCCUACGAUACUGCAUGGGCAACUAUAUAUGGAGAAUCGACAAUUUCAAAGCCAGGUUGGACGCCAUGCUGAAGGAUCAUACGAAAAUGCUGUACAGUCCAGGGUUUUACACCUCGCCUAAUGGAUACAGGUUCUGCAUCCGGCUCAACAUAUCCCCACAGAACCCGCUCUGCUUCGCCCUGCACGUGCACCUGAUGAGAACAGACCACGACGAGUGCCUCGAAUGGCCGUUCAACGGGCGCAUCACCUUCUCCAUGGUGCACCAGUUCGAGCCGGAGCUGACGCAGCGCGACACGAUGAUGUCCAACCCGGGCCUGGUCGCGUUCCGGCGGCCCCCGGCAGACCUCUGCCUGCGCGGGUUCGGGUACUCGGAGUACGCAGUCCUCAGCGACGUGGUUAGGAACGGCUUUGUCAAGGAUGACUCGCUCGUCUUCAGAGUGCAUAUCAAGUGUGUAUGACGUGAGGAUUGACUUUU